AUGCCUGGAGGUCUGCUUCUUGGUGACGAGGCCCCCAACUUUGAGGCCAAUACCACCAUCGGCCACAUCCGUUUCCACGAGUAUCUUGGAAACUUAUGGGGCAUUCUUUUCUCUCACCCUCGAGAUUUUACUCCAGUUUGCACCACGGAGCUUGGCAGAGCUGCAAAGCUAGCACCAGAAUUUGCCAAGAGGAAUGUUAAAUUGAUUGCCCUUUCGAUAGAUAGUGUUGAAGACCAUCUUGCCUGGAGUAAGGAUAUCAAUGCGUACAAUUGCGAGGAGCCCACUGAAAAAUUACCUUUUCCCAUCAUUGAUGACAAGAAUCGGGACCUUGACAUCCUCUUGGGCAUGUUGGACCCAGCAGAGAAGGAUGAAAAGGGCAUGUCAGUGACAGCUCGUGUGGUGUUUAUUUUUGGUCCUGACAAGAAACUGAAGCUGUCUAUCCUCUACCCAGGUACCACUGGAAGGAAUUUUGAUGAGAUUCUCAGAGUAGAUAUCUCUCUCCAGCUGACAGCAGAAAAGAAGGUUGCUACCCCAGUCGACUGGAAGGAUGGAGAUAGUGUGAUGGUCCUUCUAACCAUCCCUGAAGAGGAAGCCAAAAAACUUUUCCCUAAAGGAGUCUUCACCAAAGAGCUCCCAUCUGGCAAGAAAUACCUCCACUACACUCCCCAGCCUUGA